AUGAACUUUCUGACUAGGAAUGGCUCAUUUCUGCAUGAUGGAAAUCAAGUUUUCCGGUUUAUAAGUUACAACACUCCCAACUUGCAUUUUAACCAGGAUGGAUCCCUACCAAUACCCUACGAACAAGACGAUACCUUACUCUCCAUUCAACAAAUCAACGGCAAGGUGGCAAGAACCUACGUCCUCUCAGUGCAGUCGGCCACCAAUGCGGACUAUCCAUAUCAACGUCACAUCAUCGUAAAUGGAUCCAAUCCAACAACAAAUCUACCAAAUCUGGUCUUUAACGAACCAGCUCUCGUAGCUCUGGACUCGGCCUUGGCAAUCGCACGUAACCGCAACGUUCGACUCAUCUUGCCGAUAAUUGACAAUUGGGAAUACUGGGGUGGCGUAGCUUCCUUCUCGGCUCUCUUCAACCAACCUCGAGACUCCUUCUACACAAACUCGACUAUAAUUAGUGCAUUUACAGGUUUAAUUGGAACAUUAGCAAACCGUACAAAUACUUUAAAUGGUUUGAAAUAUUCUGCCGACCCUUCUCUCAUAUGGGAAACGGGCAACGAGCUACAAACGGCAAACAAUGGACAGAUACCUUCAUCGUGGACGCUGACUGUCGCUAGAUAUAUAAAAAGUGUGGCUCCAAGAUCCAUAGUCAUUGACGGAUCGUACGGCAUUAAUGGCUGGCCAAAUGAAGUACUAGCAGAUUCGUCAGUGGAUGUUUUGUCCAAUCAUUACUAUGCCACAGCACCAACCACAUCCGAGAUCGCAAUAUUGGCCAUACUUUUGCUCGUAAUACUAAUAACCGCUAUAUGGGUGUCCUAUUUGAGCUACUUAAAGUGGGGUUGCUGUCUUUGCUUACGACGAAAAGGUCGUCGUCGGAAUUCUAGUCAACUGAGCUUCAACACACGCAGCAAUGACAAUAGCCAGACAAUCCUCAACCAUAAUCAAGGCGGAAAUGAUACCCCAGGAACAACUGUAACACGCAAGGGCCCUUCUCGUAUUUAUUUCGGUAUAUUGUCCGUCUGUCUGUUGGGCGCAACCAUUGGAUUUAUAGUAUUGGGCUAUCAAGUUCUAAAUAAUCAUCUCUUGAACCCAACAUAUUCCAGUCGAUUCCAAUCCGACGUAUCAAAUGUAGUCAGCAACAAUAACAAGCCGUUAAUCGUCGGCGAGUUUGGUUUAGCACCUAUUGCAACGUAUACCCAACUACUCGAUGCUGUAGUAAACAGUCAAGCAACAGGAGCGCUGAUUUGGAGUUUGAGGUCUCAUCAUAAGGAUGGUGGAUUUUAUACGCACUCUGAAACAAAUGGCUAUGCUGCUUAUCAUCAUCCAGGUCUUCCAGCCGAUCCUUCGAAUGGCUUUCCAGCUGACGAUCCAACUGUACCUCCUCUGAUUCGGUCUUACGCGGCAAAGAUAUCGGGUAUAUCUCUGCAGCCUAUCGUGCCACCUCCUGCUAACUUGUUGAGCACAGCAAACGGAUCGCUAAUGUGGCGAGGAUCGGCUGGUGCAUCUUCGUAUGAAAUACAGGCCAGUGACAAUGGUGGAACAACCUUUACACUCUUGGCUACGAGCGUGACAGACAAUAAGCCGGGAGGAAGCGUCUUGUAUACAGACAAGAAUUAUACCUCGUCACGAAAAUAUCGAAUAUACGCAUUCGGUGAUGGAGGCACGUCCAACGUGUCGAACGUUUUUACUGCUGAUGUUUCGAAAGUUUCAGCAACAAAACGCAAACGAGUCAAGAAGGUCAAAUCGGACGCCACAGAUGUAACAAUCCCGUCUAAAACGUCAACAUCAAAACCCUCGUCGCCCAAUCUAGAUCCUUUGCAAGCGACAAGAGAAAAGCUGCUUAAGGAGCCCGCUGCUGACCUGCGAGCAAGACUGGGAUCUGUUGGACUUGCAACCCAGGGCAGUAAAUCAAGUAUGAUAGAUGCAUUCCUGUCUCAUGUACUGGAGCAGAGCAACAAGUCAUUCCCUGCUACAGUGAUUGCAAUAGAUUUGGGCUACCUCAAUGUUGGAAUAGCACAUAUAUCAAUUGGACGUCGAGUGAAGGGCAAACCAACCGUACUUGAUUUAAAGCACUGGAAUCUGGUCAAGCCAGAUCUGCCACCUGCUUAUGAUACCUUCAAGUAUGCACUGGGGGCUAUAGAUAUCGUGCAGAGACAUCUACUUGAAGCAGACCGGCCCACAUCGUAUGUUAUCGAACGGCAACAGUGGCGACCAGGCACUGCUAUGGCACAUACUCUGCAACGAGUGAGAGCUAUGGAGGCUAUGAUCUUUGCCAUUCUCGUUGAUAGAGCUAGUGUGAAUGAUAUUACUGUAGAUGGUAUUCACGCGCGUAGUAUGACUGGGCAUUUUGAGCUGCAAGCUGAAAAGUCUGAACGUAAAAAGACGCAGGCUGUGAGUCUAGUUAGGAGUUGGAUGUCUGAGGGUAUAAACCGUGAGACCGUCACGAUGAAGUUUCGGGACGAACAUAUUCAGACGUGGGAGUCGAAUGCAAAGAAGGAUGAUUUGGCUGAUGCAUUGCUCAUGGGUAUAGCAUACAUCGAACGUCUUCUCCUUGUCGAAAAAUACCGCUCGGAACUGUAG